UCACAGGAACCUUUAUCCCUGCAGGGAAACUGGAAUUUUCCCCGGGGACAGAAGCAACAAAGCCCAAGGGGGAAAUGAGCCCGUUCAGCAGGGACUUGUCCCGUCCUGGGAAGGGCAGGGCAGGAGUGUAGGGACGUCCCCUCUUCCCUAGACCAAGGUCCAGGAUGGAACAUUCCUGCUCGCUCCUGCUGCUCUGUGUUAGUUUCAUUUUUGCACGAGCCCUGCCACCCAACGGAACAGAACUGCCCAAAACAACCACAGCCACCAACUCCACCGAGGAGAACACCUUGCACAAGGAGCUGCUGACUUCCCUGCUGAUCCUGGUGCUGGUGGUGAUCAUUUUCGUGGUGCUGGUGGGGUAUUUUUUCAGGUUCAGGAGACACAGGAAAGCUGUGGUCAACUCCGGGGACAAGAAGAUGCCAAAUGGGAUCUUGGAAGAACAAGAACAGCAGCGGGUGAUGCUGCUCAGCAGGUCUCCCUCGGGCCCCAAGAAGUAUUUCCCCAUCCCUGUGGAAAACCUGGAGGAGGAGAUCCGGAUACGCUCGGCCGACGAGGGGAAGCUCUUCAGGGAGGAGUUUAAUUCAUUAACGUCUGGAUAUGUUCAGGGAACGUUUGAAAUGGCAAAUAAGGAGGAAAACAGGGAGAAGAACAGAUAUCCCAACAUCCUGCCAUAUGAUCAUUCCAGAGUGAUUUUGACCCAAAUUGAUGGAGUCCCACCUUCAGACUACAUCAAUGCUUCAUACAUAGAUGGCUACAAAGAAAAGAAUAAAUUUAUAGCAGCACAAGGACCCAAGCAGGAAACAGUCAAUGACUUCUGGAGGAUGAUCUGGGAGCAGAAAUCAGCAAUUAUUGUCAUGUUGACCAACCUGAAAGAAAGAAAAGAGGAGAAGUGUUUCCAGUACUGGCCGGACCAGGGCUGCUGGACGUACGGCAGUGUCCGUGUGUCCGUGGAGGAUUCCAUGGUGCUGGUGGAUUACACCGUGCGCAAGUUCUGCGUGCACUCGCUCCAGGAGGGAUGCAAAGCUCCAAGGCUGGUCACACAGCUCCACUUCACCAGCUGGCCCGAUUUUGGGGUGCCUUUCACACCUAUUGGCAUGCUGAAAUUCCUGAAAAAAGUCAAGACCCUGAAUCCUGCCCAUGCUGGACCCAUUGUGGUUCACUGUAGCGCGGGCGUGGGGCGCACGGGCACCUUCAUCGUCAUCGACGCCAUCAUCGACAUGAUGCACGCCGAGCACAGGGUGGAUGUCUUUGACUUCGUCUGCAGGAUCCGCAACCAGCGGCCACAGAUGGUCCAGACUGAUAUGCAAUAUUCCUUCAUUUACCAAGCCUUACUCGAGUACUACCUCUACGGUGACACAGAGCUGGAUGUGUCAUCCCUGGAAAAACAUCUCCAGACUUCCCAAAAUGCAGCCCCAAACUUGGUCAAAAUAGGGCUGGAAGAGGAAUUUAAAAAGCUGACCAACGUGCGCAUCAUGAAGGAGAACAUGAGGACUGGCAACCUCCCAGCCAACAUGAAGAAAGCCAGAGUCAUCCAGAUCAUCCCCUAUGAUUUUAACAGAGUGAUCCUGUCCAUGAAAAGAGGGCAGGAGUACACAGAUUACAUCAAUGCUUCCUUCAUAGAUGGCUACCGGCAGAAGGAUUAUUUCAUUGCCACCCAGGGCCCCCUCCCUCACACGGUGGAGGAUUUCUGGAGGAUGGUGUGGGAGUGGAAGUGCCACACCAUCGUGAUGCUCACCGAGGUGCAGGAGAGGGAGCAGGAGAAAUGCUGCCAGUACUGGCCAUCAGAGGGCUCUGUGACUCACGGAGAGAUCACGGUGGAAAUCAAGAGUGACAGCCUGAUGGAUGCCAUCAGUGUGAGGGACUUCCUGGUCACAUACAAUCCGGGCAACCAGGAGAAGCAGAGCAGGCUGGUCAGGCAGUUCCACUUCCACGGGUGGCCGGAGAUCGGGAUUCCUGCCGAGGGGAAGGGCAUGAUCGACCUCAUUGCAGCGGUGCAGAAGCAGCAGCAGCAGACAGGGAACCACCCCAUCACUGUGCACUGCAGUGCUGGAGCAGGGAGAACGGGAACCUUCAUAGCCCUGAGCAACAUCCUGGAGCGGGUCAAGGCUGAGGGGCUGCUGGACGUGUUCCAGGCUGUGAAGAGCUUGAGGCUGCAGAGGCCACACAUGGUGCAAACACUGGAACAGUAUGAAUUCUGCUACAGAGUGGUACAAGAUUUCAUCGACAUCUUUUCAGAUUAUGCUAAUUUCAAAUGAGAAUUCUGCCUUAUUUUUUAAUUUGUCUGUAUAAAUAGUUGUAUAUUAUGUUAAUUUAUUCUAUGUCACUUGGAUUGUUGACUGAACUGUAAAUACAACGUUGUGCUGGCUCUAAAAGUUGCAUUUGCUGUAUAAAGUUGUUUCUUAAAUAUAAAUAUCUUCUAAAGUAAACUAUAUUGUUCCUAUACUGUAUAGCACUGUAAGAUGGGAUAGAAAUCUUUAUUCUAAAUAACAAAAAAUUAAUUCUUGGGGGUUUUUUUCUUUGAAUUUUUCCACUCAUAAAUAUUUAUCAAAAACAUCAUGUCCCAAUUCUUGAAUUUUUUGACAGGUGAUUUACAGUUCAUUCUAAAAAAAAGUGAAUUUGGGUGCACAUAAACAUAUUUUGUUCACCAGGAAGAUAUGUUCACCAUGGAAAUAGAUGUUUAUUUUUCCAGGCUGUUUUAAAGAGCCUCCAGGUUUUGUUGGAUUUUUUUCUUACUGUCCAUAGGAAAAAGGCAGUAGAAAUACAGAUUUGAAUUUUUGAAUUAACAGAAUUUUCAAAGCCCUGUAUAUUUUUUUUUCCAGAUAUUGUUUAAGUGGAGUUAGAAAGGCAAUAAUGUGAUUUUUAGAAUAUUUUGCUUAUUUGAAAAGUAUAUUUUGCAGCACCUGAACUUGUCUACUUGAAGAGAAAGGCCAGAAAUUAAGGUAAAAGCAUCUCUUCUCUAUAAACACCUGCAUAAUUUCCCACUUCUUUAAAAUAAGAGAUGAACUCUUAUUCCUUGAUAUGACUUAGCAGGAUAAUUAAGAGGUAAAAAUUGGAAAAAAACAUUUUAUGAACAGUUUAAUGCCAGAAACAUUGAGUACUGUAGCAGAAGUUCCUCCAGGUUCUUACCCUCCCAGAAAUGUUAUCAAAAAAGGACUUUCUUAAAGAGGUUUAGAGUUGUGUACAGAGAUUUAUUUUUAUGGAAAGUACUACUGAGAAUAGAAUUGGUGACAGAAAAUAUAAAUUAUUACAGCCCUGGCCAGGGGCUGGAAAAUCCCCUAAAUCACAGGGCACCCAAAUAUUGAAUAAUGACCACAUUUAUCUCUCUCUCUCUUCCAAAAGCAUCUCUGACUUAAUGAGCACAAAGGGGUGAAUCUGUAAUGAAUUAAAUAACAAAUAUGCAGCAGUUCUGUAAUGAAUUAAAUAACAAAUAUGCAGCAGUUCUGUCUCGUCCAGCAGGGCUUUGGCCAUGCAGCAUCAAACCUCAUUUCAAACAAGCAGCUCCACCUGAGCUUUCCCUGCUGCUCUUGCCCUGUUUUAUCCCAUCCCAGCAGAAUCUCCUCGCCCCCUGGAGCAAUGCAAGGGAUGGGAAGGUGUCCCUGGGUCUCCUUCCGUUCCAGCCUGGCUGGAAAAGGUUUGGGAUGGGAAUUCCUGAGCCCCUGAUCCCCACAGAGCCAUUGGCUGUUCCUGUCUUCCCACGGCUGCACUCCUGGAUUUAUUUGUACAGUAAAUUAUGCACUUCAGAAACGAGAUUGGUUAAAAACCAAACCUCACUAGUGAGUCUCUGUGAGAAGAAACACUCAAGGCUGGGUGCUGAAAGUGGAGCUGAGGAAGGGCAUGGUCCUGAAAUUCCAUCCAAAUGGGAAGAGCCAGAAGAAAUUCAGCCUGGAAAUUGUACACUGAGGUUCAGUUUGAUUUAUAGCAAAGGCUCCCCGAGGCUGGAGAAUAAUGCAAAGGAAUUCCCAUUUUCUGAUCCUCAUGUCAGGAUCUUUCCAACCAUUUAGCCCACAUUUGAAUAAUAAUUUGUCAAAAUUUGGGGUCCCUGAGGUAAAAACUUGGGGUGAGUUGUGCAUGAAGUCAAUCUCAGUGCAGGGAGACUCCAAAAGGUUGGAAAAUAAUGCAAAGGAAUUCCCAUUUUCUGAUCCUGAUGUCAGGAUCUUUCCAACUACUUAGCCAGCAUUUGAAUAAUAAUAAUAAUACUUUGUCUGUUGGGCAGAUUUGUGGGUCCCUGAGGUAAAAAGUGAGGUUGUUUCAUGAGGUCAAUCUCAGUGCAGGGAUACUCCAAAAAAUUGGAAAAUAAUGCAAAGGAAUUCCCAUUGUAUGAUCCUGAUGUCAGGAUCUUUCCAACGAUUUAGGGGGCAUUUUAAUAAUAAUAAUAAUACUACUAAUAAUAAUUUGUCUGUUGGGCAGAUUUGUGGGUCCCUUUGGUGAAAACUGGGGUUGUCUCCUGAAGUCAGUCUCAGUGCAGGGAGAUCCAGAAGGUUGGAGGAGAAAGGAAUUCCCAUGUUACGAUCCUGCUGUCGGGAUCCCUCUGACCCUUUAGCCUUUGAACAACAAUAAUUGGUGUGUUGGGCAGAUUUUGGGGUCCCUGAGGUAGAACCUCCCUGAGUUGGCCACGAGGUCGAUCUCAGUGCAGCAGUGAUGGGGUGUGAGGGUGUGGGGGUCCCACAGCCCCCAGGAGCUGCAGCACAACUCCCACGGGGUUCCCUAAAGGCUCCUUCCAACCAGGAGCAGGAUGGAGUUCAGCUGGAACACCAAAUCCCCGGUGGGUACUCGGAUUUUAGUUGAUAACCAGAUUGAGAAAUGCCUAAAACAGAAUUCAGAGCUCCCAGCUGUAGCUCCAUGAAGGUUUUUGUGGAAUUUGAGGAGCUCCCUUGGCAGUCACCGCGUGUGCUCGCUGGCCGGAGCUCUGGGGAGGGUCUGGGUGGAUUGGAAUUUUCCUGUGACUCUCCGUCUGUUGCGUGGAAUUCCUUCAAAAGGCCAAAUAGUUGGAUUGGAAGUGUCCUUCUGAUCUGUGUGUGCUUUUGGUCACUGUGUGACUUGGACUGUUGAUGUGUUCAGAAGGUCCCAGCUCAGCUCAGCGCUGGAGCGUUCGCUUCCCAACGCCCUCGUGCCACCAUCCAUGGAUGCCAUGGGUUCCUGGCCCCAAAGCAAUCCCUUCAAAGUGCUUGGCUGACUUGGGCCUUAAUGAAGAAUGCAUACUGUAAUUAGCAGUGUUUUUUAGGCUAUUUUUAUGUAUUUUUUUAAACUUUUAAAAUGAGCCUGACCGGCCCGUGUUCAGUCUUUUGAAAUGUUUGCGUUUCCCCCGUCCCAUUUUUCAUGUGAAGUUACUGGAACUUUUCUGUGUAACCAAAAUGUAUUUAAUUUGUUAAAUCUUUAUAAUAUAUGUAUGUAUUAUACGGUUUCAGCUCUUAUUAUUUUCUUUUCUUACAUUUCUAAUUUGAUCUUGCUGUGUUUUUAAUGCCGGUGAAUGUGGCUGAAUUAUUUGUAUAUGCAAAUUGCAAGAUCUAAUACAUUCUGAUGCAAGAAAAAGCUUCCUUUUUAUUCUCCACCUGCAUUAUUUCCUUUAAAUCUUUUAAUUUCA